AUGGCGCCAUCGGGGCCGACCUACUCUCGCCGGUCGACAGCGGUUGUCGCGCGCGUUGCGGCGGCGCUGCUGAUGCUCGCCGCCGCCGCUGCCGCCGCUGGUGAAGGGCCCGUCUUGCGCAGGGCGUUAGCGAGGGCGAGGGCGGGUGAGCCGGUUGGGACAUGGCGGCGAAAUGGUUCGGACUUUGAGGCGCGGGAUGACCGUAAAUGGCGCGUGGGUGGGAACGGCGAGGCUUGGAGAGGGUAUGGGUUCGACACGGACACGAGGGGAGAUGGAAUGAGCGAUCGUGUGGUUGGGGGCUCACGCGCUGACAUUGACAGAGGUGACAUUGACGGAGGUGAUAUUGACGUAGGUGAUAUUGACGGAGGUGAUAUUGACGGAGGUGACAUUGACGGAAGUGACAUUGAUGGAGGUGACACUGACCGAGGUGACAUUGACGGAGGUGACAUCGGCGGAGGUGACACUGAAGGACGUGACAGUGACGGAGGUGACGGCGAGAGUGAAGGCGUAGGCGGCGACGAUGUGGGCGGGUGGUUGUCGGGUCCGCACUCACAGCAGCAUGCGCGUGGCGGCGACGAAGGGGGGACGCGAGGGCGGUCGCCAAGGGGCGCGCAGCGGGAAUUGCAGGGGGAGCGGACGCGGGAGGGCAGGCGGGAAGCGUCGCGGGGAAGGGAGUUGACGGAAGAGCGAGGAGGUUCAGUGGGCGGAGAGGCGCGAGGAGGUUCUGUGGGCGGAGAGGCGCGCAGGCGAGGGGAGGGCAGGCGAGGCACGGGUGGGCGUCGCAGGCUGGCGGAUGGUCAAGGCAGUGAGGGGGGCGGUGGCAGUGAGGGGGGCGGUGGCAGUGAGGGGGGCGGUGGCAGUGAGGGGGGCGGUGGCAGUGAGGGGGCCGGUGACAGUGAGGGGGCCGGUGACAGUGAGGGGGGCGGUGGAAGGUACGACGACGGUAGCGAUGGGCGUGAGCGCAUGCACGUGGGCGCGCGUGGCGGCAUGGCGGGCCCUGGGGUGUGGGUGGACGGAGUUAAACGGCACAUGCGGCGGGCAGGCGACAGAUGCUGGAGCAAAUGGGAGAUGCACAUGUAUGUCACGCGCCCUGACCGGCAGCUGCCGCCAUCACUGGCGUUGCGGCGGCGUCUGUCGGAGUACCGUCGGAUGCACCGCCGCUGCACGCAGAUCCACGACUGGCUUGCCUUCUACCGCAACCCGUACAUGGGGUGGAAGGAUGGCGUUGACGGCCUGGGCAACUGCAAGUAUCUCUUCUUUAUGCCGCCCGCCUACCAUGGCAUGGGCAAUCGCAUAAUGGCGCUCAUCUCGGCGUUCACGUACGCGCUGCUGACGAACCGCACGCUCAUCAUCCCACCCGACUCCUUCCUCUUCCGCUUCUUCUGUGACCCCUUCCCUGCCACCUCCUGGACCAUCCCCCAAGAGGCUUUCAACACCAUAUCCCAGACGGUGCACCGCUCGCUGGCGCGCAACCGAGGCCUUGUCAAUGGAUGGGACGGCCAUGACGUCAGCAUGCACAUGUCAUGGGACUCCAAGGCGGACACGUGGGGCAUGUUCUGUGAGGCGGAGCAGCAGGAGAUGGCCACGGCGCGCUUCGCCACGCUCUACACCGACUACUUCCUCGUGCCGCACUUCUACCUCGUGCCCUCGCUGCAGGUGCACUUCUACCUCGUGCCCUCGCUGCAGGUGCACUUCUACCUCGUGCCCUCGCUGCAGGUGCACUUCCACCUCGUGCCCUCGCUGCAGGUGCACUUCUACCUCGUGCCCUCGCUGCAGGUGCACUUCUACCUCGUGCCCUCGCUGCAGGUGCACUUCUACCUCGUGCCCUCGCUGCAGGUGCACUUCCACCUCGUGCCCUCGCUGCAGGUGCACUUCUACCUCGUGCCCUCGCUGCAGGUACACUUCUACCUCGUGCCCUCGCUGCAGGUUCAGCUCGAGUCCCUUUUUCCUGAUCGACGAGUCUUCACGCACCUUUCUCGGUAUCUGCUGCACCCCGCCAACUACCUGUGGGAUCGCAUCACCCGCCUCUACCAUGGCCACCUCGCCCUCCACUCCCUCACCGUCGGCCUGCAGAUCCGGGCAUUCGAGGAGACAGAGGAGGAUCUGAUGGUGAAUGUCUUUGAGUGCGCCACCAACAUCGCCAGAGUACUGCCACCUGUCAUGCCCACCGACCAAUGGCGCCAUACCGCUGCCUCUGUGACGGAGGAGGCGCUGCUGGGCAUGCGCGGGCGCAGCAUUGGGGCGCUGGUGGUUUCGCUGAACCCCUCCCACGGCACCAAGCUGCGCGACCGCUACAUGCUGGGCAAGCCGCUGGACGGCAGCACCGUCUCCGUCUUCAGUGUGAGUGGAGAGGGUCAGGAGAAGCAGGAGGACCAGCUGCAGUACGAGCUCGCCGUCACUGAGAUGUGGCUCCUCGCCUUCUGGUGCAGCCCCCGACCCCCCCUCUCCGCCAUCACUUCUCCCCGUUACCACCUCACCCGCGGCGGGGCGGGCAGUGACGUGCUGCUGGUGACGGACACGUCCACGUUUGGGUACGUGGCGGCGGGGGUGGCGGGGGUGACGCCCUACACCAUGAACGUCGCCAAGUGGAAGCACAGCGACUGGCGCUCCAACGGCCGCCUCGCCUGCAUGCUCGGCUCCUCCGAGCCCUGCUAUGUGCACCCCGUGCAGGAGCGCGUGCUGUGUCCUGGAGAGCCAGAGAAGCGGCCGCUGGAGAACAUACCGCAGACGCGGGCGUGCCACGCCACGGGCGUGGGGCUCACCACCAACCUGCCGCCGCUGCCGCUGCCCUCCCACCAUGACGCCUUGGAUGCCGCACAGCCAGCUCUACCACGUGCCUCUCAUGGCCCUGUGGCUGCUGCUGCUGCUGCCGCUAAUUCUGCUGCUGGCAUGGGUGGAGGGACAGCAACAGCAGGGUGGCGAGGGCGAGAGGGGGGAGGGCGAGGUGAGCAGCGGGGAGGGGAGCAGGGAGCAGGGAGUGCAGCGAAUGGUGACUCCUAUUAUCUGGAGGAGGAGCACGCCUGA